AUGGACAAUGGGAGCCAAGCCACGUUUUGUUUAGAAAAGCUGAUGAGACAACUUGGUGUCGAAGGGAAUGACAAGCCUAUGAAAGGCCUUAGUCAGGAAGACCUGGUGAACCAGGAUCUGAUCACAGAGUUGACGAAAGAGUUUGGCAUGACCUACGAGGAGUUCUACAUGGUCCUCACAGACACUGACAUGAGAGUCAAGCAAUCCUAUGAGGUUCCCAUUGCCAUGAAGGCUGUAUUUAACUACAUCGACACCUUCUCCUCCCGAAUCCGAGAGAUGGAGCAGCAGAAGAGAGAUGGAGUGGUCUGUAAGAAGAAGACAAGCCCAGAUCUUUGA